CAUUAGUACUUUUCCUGCUUUGUCUCUGCCAAUAUUUGGUAAUUCAGAUUCAGAAACUACGCGUUUGUGAAGAAAAGUCGAGAGAGAGAUGGGGGCAGGGCAAGCGAUGAAGAGAAUCCCACGCAUCAAAUUUCCUCAACGCAAUCCAAAACCCUCUGGUACAACCACCCAGAUUGAUGAUAUCUCCAUGAAUGAUAUCAAGAAUGAUGAUCUUGUUACGAAAUUCUUCUCAAGGGUGCCAUCUGCAGCGUCGGGAGGGAAGGCUUCCGAUCAGCCUAAAAGAACUCCUGUUUCUCAAGAGGAGAUUGACUCAAUCAUGUUGGGUGGCUGUUUCUGACUCCGCACGAGAGCUACCCCGGUGGAGGAAGGCAUUCGAACUGGUAAAACUGAUUUAUAUUGAGGCCUUUGUGUGCAAGAAACUCUCAUCUAGUGGACAACAAAAUGGAGUGUAUAUUCAAGUUUCUGUUUGAAGUGACCACUAUUAUAAAUUUUCUGAGAUACACUUAACCGUCUCCUGAUUGUGGAAUUCACACUUGAAACUCCGUUGAAAUUGCGAUAUGCUCAAAACUAAAA